AUGCCUGUUGCUGCCCGUGCCUGUGCUGCCCGUGCCUGUGCUGCCCGUGCCUGUGCUGCUUGUGCCUGUUGCUGCCUGUGCCUGGUGCUGCCCGUGCCUGUGCUGCCCGUGCCUGUGCUGCCCGUGCCUGUGUUGCCUGUGCCUGUUGCUGCCCGUGCCUGUGCUGCCCUGUGCUGCCUGUGCCUGUUGUUGCCUGUGCCUGUGCUGCCCGUGCCUGUGCUGCCCGUGCCUGUGCUGCCUGUGCCUGUUGCUGCCUGUGCCUGUGCUGCCCGUGCCUGUGCUGCCCGUGCCUGUGCUGCCCGUGCUUGUGCUGCCUGUGCCUGUUGCUGCCUGUGCCUGUGCUGCCCGUGCCUGUGCUGCCCGUGCCUGUGCUGCCCGUGCCUGUGCUGCCCUGUGCUGCCUGUGCCUGUUGCUGCCUGUGCCUGUGCUGCCCGUGCCUCUGCUGCCCGUGCCUGUGCUGCCCGUGCCUGUGCUGCCUGUGCCUGUUGCUGCCUGUGCCUGGAGUUGCCCGUGCCUGUGCUGCCCGUGCCUGUGCUGCCCGUGCCUGUGCUGCCUGUGCCUGUUGCUGCCCGUGCCUGUGCUGCCCUGUGCUGCCUGUGCCUGUUGCUGCCUGUGCCUGUGCUGCCCGUGCCUGUGCUGCCCGUGCCUGUGCUGCCCGUGCCUCUGCUGCCUGUGCCUGUUGCUGCCCGUGCCUGUGCUGCCCUGUGCUGCCUGUGCCUGUUGCUGCCUGUGCCUGUGCUGCCCGUGCCUGUGCUGCCCGUGCCUGUGCUGCCCGUGCUUGUGCUGCCUGUGCCUGUUGCUGCCCGUGCCUGUGCUGCACUGUGCUGCCCGUGCCUGUGCUGCCUGUGCCUGUUGCUGCCCGUGCCUGUGCUGCCCUGUGCUGCAUGUGCCUGGUGCUGCUCGUGCCUCGCGCUCGCGCCCUCGUGCGCUCUGCUACUCGGCAGCCGAGCCGCCCAGCAGCAGACGCGCCGCCGAGCCGCCCAGCAGCAGCCGAGCCGCCCAGCAGCAGCCGAGCCGCCCAGCAGCAGCCGAGUCGCCCAGCAGCAGCCGAGCCGCCCAGGAGCAGCCGAGCCGCCCAGCAGCAGCCGAGCCGCCCAACAGCAGCCGAGCCGCCCAGCAGCAGCCGAGCCGCCCAACAGCAGCCGAGCCGCCCAGCAGCAGCCGAGCCGCCCGGGAGCCGAGCCGCCCAGCAGCCUAGCGGCCGUGUCGUCUGGCGACCUUCCUCCUGAGCCGCCCGACCUGCCCUACCCGGGUCGAGCCAUUGACUUUGAGGUCUGGCUCGACGACCUGCAGCUAUUUUUACAGUGCGACAGGGCCGACAGUCUGUCUCUCUUUGACCUCACCUCUGGCGCUGUCCCUGCCCCUGCUGCUGAUGCUGACGCCACUGUUCGCUCUCAGUGGGCCACGCGCGAUGCUGCUGCACGUCUUGCUGUGCGUCGCCACCUGCCUACCGCUGAGCGCGCGCACUUUAGUCAGUACAAGAGUGCUCAGACCUUGUACGACGCUGUAGUUGCACGCUACUCCUCCCCUGCCACUGCUGCACUGAGCCGCCUCAUGCUCCCCUUCCUCUUCCCUGACCUUGCCGCCUUUCCCACUGUCGCUGAUCUCAUCACGCACCUCCGCACUAGUGACACUCGCUACCGCGCUGCACUUCCUGCUGACUUCUGCGCCAAGAACCCCCCCCCCAUGUACAUCACUCUCUACUUCCUAGUUACUCGCCUCCCUGACUCCCUUCGUGUAGUCCGGGACCACUUCCUUGCGGUCUGUCCCACCACCCUCACCGUCGACAGCCUCGAGAAGGCCCUUCUUGCAGCAGAGAAGAGCAUAGUUGCUGUAGGAGCCUCUCGAGGUGACCCCCGCGCCCCCAUCUUUGAGGGGUGUUCUCCUUCCCCUCUCCUGCCCUCUGUUGCCUCUGCCGCUGCGGCCGACCUCGUUGGUCUUGAGUCGGUCGGUGCGGCGUCUGCCCCUAGCGGGAGACGCCGCUCUGGCAAGGGCAAGGGGGGCAAGGGAGCGGGUGGGGCCAGUGGGGGCGGUGGCGGUGGGGGUGGAGGCGGCGGAGGGAGUGGGGGUGGCGGUGGAGGUGGUAGUGGGGGUGGGGGUGCUAGUGGCAGCGGUGGCGGCGGGAGUGGCGGCGGCGGUGGCGGUGGUAGCGGAGGUGGCGGAGGUGGCGGCGGUGGAGGUGGGGCCGCCUGA